AUGGAGGGCGUUGUCUCCUCAGAAGAACGCGAGUUGCAGACGCUGANAUUGGAUCGCCGCCUGACUGACUGGGCCAUGGAGGGCGUUGUCUCCUCAGAAGAACGCGAGUUGCAGACGCUGAAAGAANGCCUGACUGACUGGGCCAUGGAGGGCGUUGUCUCCUCAGAGGAACGCGAGCUUCAGACGCUGAAAGAAAAGUUCACACUUAUGAGCCACUUUGCCGACAGCUUGAAGACUCAACUGACCAAAGCAGAAGAACAACUGCAGAAAGCACGAAAUGAAAACUUUCAGCUUUCACUGACAAGCGAAGCGGCCAAAUCGCAGAAUGACACUUUGCAGCACGAAAACAAGUCGCUGGCAAAUGCCAAAGUUGAGCUCGUUCAACUGUUGGAGCGAGAAAAGGACAAAGUUGCUCGUCUCAAAGAAACCAUCAGCAAUAUUGAAUCGUUCAACUCGCAAAGUCAGGCGUCCACACUUAACUGCUCCACGCUCAACGACAUAAAGCUCAAGGAGAUAGAACUCCAGUUCAAGGAGAAACGCUUCAAAAGUGAGCGAAACUUUCAUGUUGAGCAAAUUAAGCAAAUGAGCGAUGAGCUGGAGAGCAAAAAUGCCGAGCUGCUGGAGUUACGCAAAAAGCUCAACAUUUCCACUAUGCAGGCAAACCUGAAACUGGAACAGCAGUCUGCUGAAAUUACUAGCUGUCACCUGGAAAACAAUCGCCUUAAGGCCAUUGUCGACAACAACCAGACAGCUCACGAGGAGUUAAAGAAAAAGUACGCCGAACUGCAAGCCAACUGUGCCAGCUUUGAGAGCAAUUUCAGCAAGGAGAUCGAUGCUCAGACUGAAGUGAUUAACAUGCUGAUGAAGCAGACGGAGGACUUGAAAAGCCAGCUGUCUGCCCNGCUGCUGGAGCUACGCAAAAAGCUCAACAUUUCCACUAUGCAGGCAAACCUGAAACUGGAACAGCAGUCUGCUGAAAUUACUAGCUGUCACCUGGAAAACAAUCGCCUUAAGGCCAUUGUCGACAACAACCAGACAGCUCACGAGGAGUUAAAGAAAAAGUACGCCGAACUGCAAGCCAACUGUGCCAGCUUUGAGAGCAAUUUCAGCAAGGAGAUCGAUGCUCAGACUGAAGUGAUUAACAUGCUGAUGAAGCAGACGGAGGACUUGAAAAGCCAGCUGUCUGCCCGUGAUAGCGAGAUUGAAGUUUUUCGCGACAUUUCCAAAAAGGGCUAUGAGGCACACACCGAGCUUGAGGCGACUUUUGAGGAGAUGAAGAACAGCUACAUGAAAGAUGUCGCUGAACUGGAGGCGGAACGUGAUCGGCUGCUAGAGGAGCUUGAAAAGCUCAAGCAAGAGACCUCUGCCGCCAAGGAGAGUCUGACUAAGCGCU